UCUAUCCCACUUUGACACCCCAUGAAAUGAAGACCAAAAUUUCCCACUUUUGUGUCCGAGGUUUCAUGUUUUCCUCCAAAAAUGUGUGGUGUUCCCGACAACAAUGGAUGAUGUUAAGGUCAAAUAUGGAUCUCCAUCUUCCACCAAUAUAUAACCCUUUCUCCCCCAUUCUUCAUCACCAUCAAGCUCGAUCGAGUGGUAACCAUGGCUACUACCACCAUUCUAAGCCGCACGGCCACCGCCGUGGGAUGCUUUGUCUUUUUCGUGCUCGUCUCCUUCUUUGUAUCUUCCCAGGCUUUAACAAACGCCGAGGUAGAAUACAUCUCCCGCCGGCAGCUCCUCCACUUCGGCGCCGGCGACAUCCCCGCCGAUUUCGAGAUCAACGUCGAUCCGAAGCUGAAGUUCGCCAACGAGCGGCAGAAAAAGGCCUUCGUGGCGCUGCAGGCCUGGAAAGAAGCCAUUUAUUCCGACCCGAAGAAGACGACGAAGAACUGGGUGGGCCCGGACGUCUGUACCUACAACGGCGUUUUCUGCGACCACGCGCUCGACGACCCUAAAUCGUGGGUAGUCGCCGGGAUCGACCUCAACUUUGCCGACAUCGCCGGCCACCUCCCCGUCGAGAUCGGACUCCUAACCGACGUCGCCGUCAUCCACCUCAACUCUAACCGCCUAUGUGGCAUCGUCCCCAUCAGCAUCAACAAACUAAAGCUCCUGUACGAGCUCGAUCUCAGUAAUAACCGUCUCGUGGGCCCCUUCCCGGAAAUCGUGCUGGAACUCGAACUGAAAUACCUAGAUUUACGCUUCAACGAUUUCGAAGGGAAACUCCCGCCAGCAUUAUUCGACAAAAACAUUGACGUCAUAUAUCUAAACAAUAACCGUUUCGACUCUAACCUCCCCGAGAAUUUCGGAAAUUCUUCCGCCUCGUUAAUCGUCAUCGCUAAUAAUAAAUUCAGCGGAUGUGUUCCGGCGAGCAUCGGAAAUGGCAGAAUGGCGGACAGCCUGGAACAGCUGUUACUGUUGAACAAUCAAUUCUCCGGCUGUUUGCCGGAGGAAAUCACGAACCUGAAGAAUGUGACGUUGGUUGAUAUGCAAUCGAAUAAGUUGACCGGAGAAUUGCCGGCGGGGUUUGAGUAUAUGGAGAAUGUGCAGAGCAUCGUGAUUUCGAAUAAUAUGUUCACCGGGAAAGUUCCCGAUAAACUUUGUACGCGGCCGGGGCUGAAGAAUCUGUCGUUCGCCAAUAAUUUCUUCGAGCAGGAAGAUGAGGCGUGCGUGCCGCCGCGGGACGGGAUUGAGAUUAAUGAUUCCGGGAAUUGUUUGGUGGGACGGCCGGGGCAGAGAUCGGAGAGUGAAUGCCGGAAGGUUUUGAGUACACCGGUUGAUUGUACUAAAACCGGUUGUAGAAAAGGCGGGAAUAAACCGCCGGAGUCUGUUCCAAAGGCGCCUCCAAUGCCGGAGCCAAAUGCUCCGUCGCCGGUGGUGGAAACUCCGCCGGAGGAACCGGAAGAUUCCGGGGAGGGGCCGGAACCCUAUAACCCACCAAUCUAUCUCCCGCCGGCUCCGGAACAGGAGUCACCUUCUAUACAGCCAGAAUUCACCCCUGAAACUCCAAACCUUGCACCUGAGCAAUCUCCGGUUCCCGAGACACCAGAAGUUCCAAUUCCUACUCCGAGUGCUUCGCCAGAAGGCUCUACACCCCCAAUCACCCUCGCCCCGACGUCUGGUCCGGGCAAGGGGCCCGCACUGGCCCCAGAAGUUACAUUCUUUACUCCGGAUGCUCCCGAGUCUAGCCCGACUCCGGGUCCUGGCGAGAGGCCAGCACCCGCGCCAGAAGUUCCAUUCUUUACUCCGGAUGCCCCAGAAUCUAGCCCGACCCCCGGUCCUGGCGAGGUGCCAGCACUCGCCCCAGAAGUUCCAUUCUUUACUCCAGACGCCCCAGAAUCUAGCCCGACUCCUGGUCCUGGCGAGGAGCCAGCACUCGCCCCCGAAGUUCCAUUCUUUACUCCGGAUGCUCCAGAAUCUAGCCCGUCUAUCUCUGAAGCCCCCGGGGCGGGGGCGCCUGCACCGGAACCUGAUUCUACUCCUUCCAGGCAAACAUUUGAGGAUGAAACGGGUACAGGAGCAUUCAGUCCCGAGACUGAACCAUUUUCACCGGAGAGUUCUAUCACUCUUUCCCCAACUUCUGAGCCGCCAAUUCCGGCGACGCCUGAACCACAAGCACCUCCGCCCUUUGCAAACGUUAACCUUCCUCCUAACGUGGGGAACUUAUACGCUUCACCGCCACCCCCAAUCUUCAAAGGCUAUUAAGGGAUCAUGCACGUUUCUAUAUCUUUACCACCAUUUUUAGAUUGAAAAACAAACAACGAAAUCACCAUUGCAUGCAGAAAUACCUUAGUUUAGUGAGUAUACCAGUAGAACUUAAUUGUCAGCAUAUUUUGGCUUUCUGGAGAAUCCUUGUGUGUAACUGUAUUGUAACCCAUAAAGUUUCUUCUGAAAUUUAAAGAAAUACAAAUAGCAUUUUCAUUC